GAAGUACGCAAUUAUCAUAAAAAAGAAAUGACAGUAAAGCGUGUAGUAUGUCAUAGAGAAGCAGAGGAGGAAACGUAAAUUAUAUAUUUAAUUUACCAUCAAACAUGUGUGUGUGGUUUCACGAGUUAUAAUUUAUUAUUAAUAUGCAAAUAAGAGCCAAGUAAGAGGCUUUCGUUUUUAUGUCGUUAUAAUAUACCACGUAUUAUAUCUCAUGGCGCAUGCAUAAUUAAACAAACCUAAAAAUAAGAGAAAUGGAAAAUUACAUGUAAAAUAUCAAUCGCCGUCAACGCGGCAGAUCUAUUGUGGAAUGCAUACAAGAACGUCCUAAAAUACGUUGCAUAUUUUAAUAAAGAAUUGCAAAACGGAAUAAAGAUAUAUAUUUUCUGAGAGGUCAUCGUGACAAAAAUAUGAUAUCGAUUUUGUCAAGGUCGAUUUGUCCAGUUGCAAGAUGUUUGAAAUACCUCAGCGUAUUUAGAAAUCGAGAAUAUCAUAUGCGCAUUGCAAUGCGAAAUUAUACCGUAAGUGCCUCACAGACUCGACCAGCUUACAAGAUACGAUUGGCUUUUCCGCCGGACUAUGACAGAGUAAUGGAUUUCAUGAAUGACGCGUUCUUCAAGGACGAUCCAACCAUGGUGAACAUUGGUUUAAACGAAGACGAACCCGCGCCGUCGUUGCUAAAACUCAUGUACGACGAGAUCCGAGAGGGCAUGACGCUAAUUGCCGAGGGACAAGACAAUUGUAUCGUAGGUGCCGCGGUGAACGCCCGCUCCUGUCCUUGGGAUCCCGACAACGUCGUCGAGUUCGCUAGGCGCUGCGAAUGCGGGUCGGCCCGCGACGUGAUCGAGUUCGGGGCUUACGUGACCUGCAAGCCGAAUCUCUGGGAGCGCUAUUGCGUUCUCAACAUCUUCGAGUGCAGCUAUCUCGCGGUCAGGCCGGACUUCCGGAAGCAGGGUAUUGCUAGAAAGCUCGUGCUAGAUAGCUGGUAUCUCGCGCGCGAUUGCGGCUAUCGAUUGUUCCGUGUUGACUGCAACAAUAGAUAUAUCGCACGAAUUGCGGAAGGUUUCGGAUGGAAACAAGUUUGCACAGUACCUUUUCGUGAAUAUCUAAAGGAUGGCAAGCUUGUUUUUCAGCAUAUCAAGGAGCCACAUACCGAGGUUCAGAUUUACAUUGAUCAAGUUACAUUUUGCAAGGAUUAUUGUCCACCUUACAAAAAAUGUAAAAUUACAACGGUGCCAAAAACAUCUAAAAAGGGCGGUUAAUAUUGUCUCUACAAUUAUCUAUUACGUAAAUCCAAAUUGCUUCGUCAAUAAAACAUUAAUAAAUUUUUUAUAAACAUGUCAUACUGUGUUUACAUCUGUAUCAUAAACUUAGUGUUUUGCUCUAAUCAUAUUGUGAUAAUCGUAUUGAGGAUAAUUUGUAAGGAAAAUUAUACAUUUUUAAUAUAAUGUACCUUUCUUCGUACGACUCCAAAUUGCUAAAAUAAAUAUUUAUCCCAGUUC